AUGCCGCGCGGCGCGCCGAGCCGCCGCGGGCGCACGGCCGGGGGCGCCGCCCGCGGCCGGGGCCGCGGCCUGGGCCGUGCGGCCGGGCUGCUGGCGCCGGCGGUGUGCUGCCCGCUGGCAGCGCGCCAGGGGCCGAGGGCUGUGGCGUGCGCGCCUCCGGCGCCGACCUGCCGCCUGGAGCUCAUGGGCCUCAAGGACGCUGGCGCGUACCGGCGGGCGGCGCGCGACGUCGCGCGGCCGGGCCAGGCGCUGUUCUCGGGCUUCAACAUCCCGAACAAGAAGAAGGACGAGCCGCUGCUGGAGUGGGCCGCCGCGCUCCUGGAGCGCGUUCCAGGGGCGGACGUCAACGUCCACUACAGCCUGAAGCACCAGCGCAGAGGGGACGGCGCCGUCGAGGCGUUCGAGCACUUCUGCGGCAGGGCUGCCUCCAUCGGCGUUGGAGGCGUGCUGCUUGUCACUGGCCCCCGCGGGCCUCCCUGCGACGCCGUCCGCGUGCUGGAGAGGCUGGGCGGGCGGCACCCCGCGCCAGGCGCCGUGCGCCUCGGCGUGGCGUUCAACGCCUGCCUCCCCAGCCAGGGGCAGCGGCAGCGGGAGCGGGAGAGACUCGCGCGGAAGCUGGGCACCGGCCUUGUCGAGGAGGUGUGGCUGAACACCGGCGACGACGCUGAGCUGCUCUCCUCGGGCGCCGAGUAUGCGCGGGCCGCCGCGGCGGAGGCCCGCGCGGGGCGGCCCGUGAGGUUGUUCGGCUCGGUGCUGCUGCCGAACGAGGCGCAGCUGCGGCAGUUUCGGGAGCGGCCCUGGAACGGCGUGCACUUCUCCGAGCACUACCUCUGA